AUGUCGCUGGACAACUACUACCAGAACAAGAUCGAGGCGAUGAAGCUUGAGAUCCUCAAGGGCCAGGCGGUGCUGCGGCGUCUGGAGGCUCAGCGCAACGACUACAACUCACGCGUGCGGCUGCUGCGCGAAGAGCUGGGCCUGCUGCAGCAGCCCGGGUCGUACGUGGGCGAGGUCGUCAAGGUGAUGAGCACAAAAAAGGUGCUUGUCAAGGUGCACCCGGAGGGCAAAUACGUGGUGGACGUGGCAGACAGCGUCGACAUUGCCAAGCUGACGGUGGGCAAGCGGGUGACGCUGCUGUCGGACAGCUACAAGCUCGAGAAGAUGCUGCCGUCGUCGGUGGACCCGCUGGUCUCGCUGAUGAUGGUGGAAAAGGUGCCGGACAGUACGUACGACAUGAUUGGCGGCCUGGACCAGCAGAUCAAGGAGAUCAAGGAGGUGAUUGAGCUGGGCCUGAAGCACCCAGAGCUGUUUGAGAGCCUGGGCAUUGCACAGCCCAAGGGCGUGCUGCUGUACGGGCCGCCGGGCACGGGCAAGACGCUGCUGGCGCGGGCGGUGGCGCACCACACGGACUGCAAGUUCAUCCGGGUGUCGGGCUCGGAGCUCGUGCAAAAGUACAUUGGCGAGGGGUCGCGGAUGGUGCGCGAGCUGUUUGUCAUGGCGCGCGAGCACGCGCCGUCCAUCAUCUUCAUGGACGAGAUCGACUCGAUCGGCUCGUCCCGCGUCGAGGGCAGCAGCGGCGGCGACUCGGAAGUGCAGCGCACGAUGCUGGAGCUGCUCAACCAGCUGGACGGCUUUGAGCCGACCAAGAACAUCAAGGUCAUCAUGGCGACGAACCGGCUCGACAUUCUGGACCCGGCGCUGCUGCGGCCGGGUCGCAUCGACCGCAAGAUCGAGUUCCCGCCGCCGAGUGUCGAGGCGCGUGCCGACAUUCUGCGCAUCCACAGCCGCAAGAUGAACCUGACGCGCGGCAUCAACCUGACCAAGAUUGCCGAGAAGAUGAAUGGCUGCUCGGGCGCCGAGCUCAAGGGUGUGUGCACGGAGGCCGGCAUGUACGCGCUGCGUGAGCGGCGGGUGCAUGUGACACAGGAGGACUUUGAGCUGGCCACGGCCAAGAUCCUCAACAAGCACGACGACAAGGAGGUGUCGCUAGGCAAGCUGUGGAAGUAG